AUGCUUUUACUUAAAUAUUAUCAAAAAAAUCGUAGUGAACUAUUUGAACAAAUUUGUUCAGUACUAGAAUCUAUUGUCAACGAUGAAUAUGCUCGAAAAAUGUUACAAUCGAAUAAAUUAUUUACAGAUGCCAUUGAAUAUGUUUAUAAACGUGUAUUUAAUAAAACAUCAGCUGAAGAUGAAAAAUAUCGACAACAAGUACGAUCAACACCUAAACAAUCGACUGGACCACAAACACGCCGAGCAACAUUAUUAAAUCAAUCAUCAAUACUCUAUCCGACUCCUAAAAUGAUGCGUCCACCAGUCAUUCAAAAUGAAAAUAUAUUUAAAAAGAAUCUUAUUUCAAUGGAGAAAUUCAUGAAAGUAUUCUAUAGUGAUUAAUUCUCUCUCUCUGUAUUGAUUAUGUAUGUGUACAUAUGUAUUGUAGAACUUAUGACAUCAGUUUUUCUUCGUUCUUAUUUGUAUCGAAGUAGACAAAAAAAAUAGACAAUCAGAUAUUUUUUGAUAUUCAAUAAAACAAUCUUUUUUUUUCAUAGUAAUAAUUGUUAAUUUAAUACAGAAUUUAUUGCAAUGAAUUAAGGAAACAAGGCUUGUUGAUAAAGUAAAAUUUACGAACAAACCUCUCCACUUGUAAAAUCGUUUUUCAAUCAAGGUGAUGAUCAUAUAACGAGUAUUACAAUGGUUUGAUUUUUCAGGCUUUUGUUCUUUACAUAUUUAAAUUUUACAAGUUUUUCAACAAAAAGCUGUAGUACCCCUUUCAGAUUACGUGAAAAAUUCAGUAAAGAUUCGAUAUGUCAAGAACAAAAGUUCAGAAAACAAAACCAUUCUAGACUUUUCUGUUACUCACUAGUACUCGUCAGCUCAACAUUGUCUCGAUCGAAAAGCGAUUUGACCGUUGGAGAGGUUCCCUCAUCAGCAUAUUAGAAUAGUAAAUAUUAGCAAAUGGAAUGCUAGUGUUUUUAUGUCUAAAACCUUUCAAAAAAAUUUCUGUAAACUAUUGUUCAUAUUAAACUAUUUCUCUAAUAGAAAUCUAGCUAGUGAUAUCAAGGUCUUCAAUCAAUCAGAAUAAUUAGGAAAGUUGAUUACAAUUAUUCAACUUAUUUAUCUUCAUCUGAUGAUAUCUCUGAAAAUUUCAUGAUUUUUAAGGAACACCCUAUUCAAAACUUUGCUUCUUUUUCAACUAGAUAUCUAUUGAAUGAGAAAUUUUGUAAUGCUAUCUAUGUUAAAAAAGGAAAGUAAUUAAACGAUAAUCAGAUAAUACUUUAGUUUACUAUAAUUGUUUUAAUAACUCAAAUCUCACCAAUACAAGAAAUGAAAUUUGUUUUUAUAGCGAUACUGAUUAUAUAAGGGUUCACCAGAAAUCAACCGUAUCCU